GUUAAAACCACAGAGCCGGUGCUAGCGAGGACUAGAAAGUCCUGCGCAGGGGGAUUGCGGCGCGGGCAGCGUCCUGUUCCCUGCCGCCCGCCCUGCACUUGGCACCGCGCAGCUACCGCCCCGCGCCUUCCCUCAGCCACGCGGCUUUUGGAUUGUUAGGGAUGAAGUGACCUGGUAGAUGGAAGAAGGAAUAGAACCACGUGUCUUUGAUCUCCAGGGCCCCAAGAAAAUGGAGGGCCCAAGAGACCUGUAUACAGAUGACACGAUUGCAAGAGAAAACAAAGAGGAGAACCCUCAGCUGAAGCUAGACCCAGGAAAGAAAUUGGACACACCUGCUGGCCCCAUUAACUAUCAGAGGCCUUAUGGGAGAGAAAAUCACUAUCAAUGUACAGAAUGUAGGAAAAGCUUCAGUGUUCAUUCAGCGCUAAUCAAACACCAGAGAAUCCACACCGGAGAGAAACCCUAUCAGUGCAGUGAGUGUGGGAAGAGCUUCAGUGUGAGCUCAACGCUGGUUACGCAUCAGAGGAUCCAUACAGGGGAGAGGCCCUACAAAUGUGUGCAGUGUGGGAAGAGCUUCAACCAGAGCUCACACCUCACUCAACAUCAGAAGAUACACAAGGGAGAGAAGCCAUGUACAUGCACUGAAUCUGGAGAAGGUUUUAUUGAUAGCUCAACAUGCGUGAAACAUCCAGGACUGCACGCUGGAGUGGGGCCCUAUAAAUGUGCCGAGUGUGGGAAAAGCUUCAAUCGGAGCUCCACACUCUACAACCACAACAGAAUCCACACGGGAGAGAAACGGUACAAGUGUGAGCAGUGCGGGAAAAGCUUCAGCGUGAGUUCUAACCUUAUUAGACAUCAGAAAAUCCACAUGGAGCAGAGACCCUAUAAGUGUGUUGAAUGCCGGAAGAGCUUCAGCUUAUACUCUGAUCUGGAGGUGCAUCAGAGACUUCACCUGGGAGAGAAACCCCACAAAUGUUCUGAGUGCGAGAAAAGCUUUGACCAGGAAUCGCAGCUCCAGAGACACCAGCGAGUUCACACAGGAGAAAACACGUAUGAGUGUGUGGAGUGUGGGAAGACCUUCAGUAGGAAGGGGAACCUCCUGAGACACCAGGAGAUCCACACUGGAGAUAAGCCCUACCAGUGUAAUGAAUGUGGGAAAAGCUUCAGCCGAAGUUCUUCACUCAUGCAGCAUCAGCGCAUCCACACUGGAGAAAAACCCUACAGCUGCAUCGAAUGUGGCAAGAGCUUCAGCUUUAGCUCCCAGCUCACCACCCACCAGCGGAUCCACACCGGGGAGCGGCCCUACACAUGUAACGAGUGUGGGAAGAGCUUUGUGGAUAGUUCAGGUCUCAUUCAGCACCGGAGAAUUCACACGGGAGAGAAGCCCUACCAAUGCACCGAGUGUGGGAAGAGCUUCCGGCAAAACUCUGUGCUGAUUCAGCAUCGCAGAACCCACACUGGUGACAAGCCCUUUGAGUGCGGGGAAUGCGGGGAAUGCUUUAGCCAGAGCUCCACGCUGAUCACACACCAAAGGAUUCACACUGGGGAGCGGCCUUACCACUGCAGUGAGUGUGGGAAGAGCUUCAGCGAGAGCUCACACCUCACCCAGCAUCGGAGAAUCCACACCGGGGACAAGCCCUACAAGUGUGGCGAAUGUGGGAAGAGCUUCAUUCAAAGCUCGCAGCUCACCACCCACCAGCGGAUCCACACAGGAGACAAACCCUACCAGUGCCACACCUGUGGGAAGAGCUUCAGUGACAGCUCAGCGCUCACUCAGCAUCAGAGAGUCCACACGGGGGAGCGACCGUACCAGUGCACAGAGUGCGGGAGGAGCUUCAGCCAGAGCUCAGCCCUGGUGCAGCACUGGAGGAUCCACACUGGAGAUAAGCCGUAUGAGUGCACUGAGUGCGGGAAAACAUUCAUUCUGAGCCCAUCCCUUGUUGAGCAAGAAACAGAGCAUGUGGAAGAGAAACCCUAUCAGUGUUCUGAAUGUGGCAAGAGCUUCAGUCGAAGCUCCUACCUUACUCAGCAUCAGAGAAUCCAUGUGGCAGAGAAACCUUUUGGUUGUAGUGAAUGUUUGAAAAGCUUCAUUCGGAAUUCAGACCUGGUUAAACACCAGCGAAUCCACACAGGAGAGAAGCCUUAUCAAUGUAAUGAGUGUGAAAAAACUUUCAGUCAGCGAUCAAAUGUUAUCAGACACCAGAGAACCCAUACCGGUGAAAAACACUACAAAUGUAAGGAAUGUGGGAAGAGCUUCAGUCAGAAUUCGCACCUCAUCGUACACCAAAGAAGCCACAAAGGAGAGAAGCCCUUCAGUUGCGCUAGAUGUGAGAAAAGCUUCAGUGAUCGCUCAUCACUUAUUAUACACAGGAGAAUCCACACAGGGGAGAAACCCCAUCAAUGUAAAGAAUGUGGAAAAAGGUUCCGUGACAGCUCUGCCAUUAUUCGACACCAGCGAAUUCACACAGGAGAGAAACCUUACAAAUGCGGGGAUUGUGGAAAGAGCUUUCGACAGAGCUCAUCGCUUAUUACCCACAGAAGAAUCCAUACAGGAGAAAAGCCCUACAAAUGUUCAGUGUGUGAUAAAUGUUUCAGUCAGAGCUCAGCACUUGCGACCCAUCACCGAGUCCAUACAGGAGAAAAUCCCUAUCGCUGUUCGGAAUGUGGGAAAACUCGGAAUGAUCGCACCGCACUUAUUUCACAUCAGAGUGUUCACACAGAAGGAAAACCUUACAAAUGUGUAGAAUGUGGAGAGAGCUUUAGACGGAGCUCAGCACUUAAUGUGCAUCUGAGAAUCCACAGAGGAGAGAGACCUUAUACAUGUGAUGAAUGUGGGAGAAGCUUUAGACAGAGCUCAGCCCUUGAUGUGCAUUCCCGAAUCCACACAGGUGCAAAACCCUAUAAAUGUAGUGAAUGUGGGAAAAACUUCAGACAGAGCUCAGCACUUAAAGUGCAUUUGAGAAUCCACACAGGAAAGAAACCCUAUAAAUGUAUUGCAUGUAGGAAAAACCUUGAUUUGCAUUCACAUUUAGUAUAGCAGGGGUGGUCAAACCAUGGCUCAUGAGCUGCGUGUGGCUCCUUUACAGUUUGCAAAGCUUGCUGCUGCUACCCCAUCCCCAAUUUUUCCACCUGACAGACUGGGGUGGGGACUGCCUUGCAGCAGAAUGAUGCGGUAGGAGGCCUUCUGCUUAGCUGAGAGAGGGCUCUUGGGGCUUCAGCGUCACAGAACACACCUGCUGGGGCUCAGGGAUUUAGUGGGAGCAGGGUUGAAGCCUCAAGCUCUAUAAGGUACCUCACAUGAGCCCCAAAUGGUGUGCCCCCUCUCGAACUUCCGAAGAUUAUCAUAUGCGUCUCAGAGGGUCAGUACAUUUGGCCAUCCCUAUAGUAUAGCAUUAGAGUGGCCAUAUGGAAUACAAAAUAGUAACAGACAUUGGCUAUUUGGGGCAUGUAAAAAGAGGUGAGGCCCAGAUUCAUGAAGGUACCCUUCCGCAGAUUGGGCUACACUAAAAAUCCUGCUAGAACAGGAGGAGCUUCCUCCUCUAUAACUUUUAGCCUAAUGGUUUAAGCACUUAUCCAGGAACAAAUGGAUCAGCUUCACCAUGAGAGAUUGAGGGAGACUGACAUCAGAAUAUUUCAUAGCCCAGUAGUUUGGGCUUUUUCCUCGGAGAUAGUUGAUCCCUCUUCAAAUAUCUUCUUCCCUUCAGGCAGACUAGGGGAAUUGAACUGUGCAUGAAUGAUGGGAAACACAGGGAAAGGGAGCAGGCUGUUGACUGAUAAUUUUGAUAUCACAGAGAGGUUACUGAUGCUAGGAAACUGGAAAGGAUGGAUGAAUUACUUGCGAGGAACUGAGUGCUGGUAGGGUUGGAGAUUUCAUGGAUUACGGGGAGGAGAUGUAAUGUGGAUCUGAGGGAUGGAGUGUUGAGUGCUGAAUAAUUUGGGGAUUGGGAGUGGGGAUAUAUGGCAGAAUAGAAAGGGAGUUUUAAAAGUAUUUUUAUCUUAUUUAAGUACAAGAAGGUUAAAAUGAUAAUUUCCAGAUUGGUUUUGAGCCAGACCUUCAGUUUAUUAAAAAUUGUAAGCAGUUCUGGGGAUGCCAUCUCUUCUUGAAUUGUGGAUAGUGACUGUUAUCCUCACUGAAUAGAAAUCAGUACUGUCAUCUAGUUUUAGACCAGGGAUUUGGCCUAUUCCAUUUCUUUGAUCUGAAAGAUCUGGAGCUGUACCUCUGUCUCUUUUCUUCCCCUUUCCCAGAGAUUUACAGUACAACUUCAGAGCUACAGACUAAACAGUCAACCACACACCUUCUGGUUUGUGAACCAGAAGUACACAAACAGCAACAGGGGUGGGGACGGAGGUGAAGAAGUACAAUACUGUGUUAAGCACAGUGUUUUGUUUGAGGCGGUAUGCCCUGGCACCCAUUUUCUCUGAAUAACUUAAAUGAAUUGCAUUCCCCUUGGGCGUACCAGCACUUCUUUUCCUGGGGUGGCUGGACUCCCGAUGGAAGCCUGCUCGGGACACGUGGCUCUUAAAGUGGACGUGACAGUGUUUCGGCCCCCAGUGGGCUCUUUUUUUUUUCUCUCUCUCUCUUUCUCAACAACUUUCCCCCCGGAGUACUGGCACCUUUUUUUUUUUAAUACCAAAAAAGCACUGGUUAAGCAUAUAUUAAAAAGGGGGGAAGCAACAUUUUUCUUCAUGUAGUAAAAUUUCAAAGUUGUAUUAAGUUAAUAUUCAGUUGUAAACUUUUGAAAGAACAACCAUAAUGUUUUGUUCAGAGUUACAGUCAGCCUUGGUUCCCGAGCUGUUCGUAACUCUGAGUAUCGACUACAUGUAGUUCAAAUGACUCUUACCUUCUUAAGUAAAAUUCAGGAGACAACUGGAGUUAAAAGUGAAGAGGUAGCUCCCAUAGAGAAUGGCUGCAUAAAUACUUUCAUAGAGGGUGUUGUCCAUCUUUUCCUCACUAGUAGCUUCUCUAAAAUUUGUCUCCUCACAUUGAAACACCUUUAGCAUGUAGAGCAGAUGACCAACAAAACCCAGGCAGUAAUGUAACUUUCUCAUUGAAACAAAAUGAAAGAAGCUUUUGAUAAUCUUGGUUAGACCCAUUUUACAUGUUGAUUUCCCAUUGGAAGCCAGAGACUGGUUCCAGUUUUCUAGUCGUCUUUGUAAUGCAGUGUUUUUGUUUCUUUAACUUUUUAAUGCUAAUAAAAUAUUUUUAACAUAUAAAGUAUUGCAUAAUUGCUACAUAAAACGUCCUCUCCAUAUUGUAUGUUAGUAUUAUUGUUGCACUUAUUAUUGUCAAUGGUGUGUCCAUAUUAAAUAAAACCUAAUUUCUCCUGUU